UAAUUUUAUUCUUUGUCACAGCAAGGCGGUGUGGGUAUGACAGGGAACCUGGUGGAUAAUGAAGAUUACCCUAGACAAGAUAUUGAUGUUUACGCUGUGCGUUUUGCCAGGAAUCGAAUAAUAUGUAAGUUGUUAAUGCCUUUGAAACUCUUACAUUGCUGUUCCUGUAUGCCAUUACGUGCUUUCGGAAGCAAUAUGAUACAUUGUAUCAAAAACUUACAUGUGUGUUCAUCCUUGUGCCAAGAUUGAUGAUAAGCUGACCUAUCAAAUAUGGCUGUUUCAAACUCGGACCCAGUUUGAGAAGUAUCAUACAAUAAGCUUGCAUCGUUUUUCUCCCAAAUGCGUGAAGGCAUAUAUGUAUAAACACACUUCUUCGAUGAUUACAUUACUUUCCUCCCGUCUUCAAGCCUUCACUUUAAACAUUUGAAAAUCCAAUCUAUUAGAACCCAAAUCUUGAUAUCUGUCCAAAAUCUUGAUAUCUGUUUUUAGGCUUACAAAAUGACCACAAAACCCUUAUGGCUGAAAUUGAAGAAGGACUUCAUAUUGUUCAUGCCGCUGCUCGAGCAAAAAAGGAAUUGGGUAAUUCUUCUCAGUUAGUAAGUGCAGGUAAUAACUAAAAAUAGGUACGUAAGCGUACAUGUAUUUGCUCAUGCGUAUUUGUAUUUGUUUUUGAAGACUUUUUGUUGUAGUUUUGUUGACUAUCUGCAUAGCCAAUGGCCACGGCGAGGGUGAUAAUCUCCGAGGGGCAUUAUUACCAUACACGCGAUUACGUCGUGGUGUCGGGUGACUUCAGAGCCACGGUUUGACAAAACUGUCGUGUUUAAUUAAAGUAUAAAAGGCUUGAAGAAAAAAGUUAUGAUUGCUGACAUCCCAGAAGUUUUGAACCUGCGUUCUCUAAUAUUUUUCAUAUCAAUAUUGGAGAUUACAGUGCUUCUGCCUUCUCCUGACUUUGUCAAAAUAUUUUCAGGACAAGGUGAAGAAUCAUCACCAUCAUUUUUACGCGUUAACCAGAUAUCACCACGGUCACCAGCUGAACAAGCAGUAAGUGAAUUUCCUCGGAAACAAUAUUUUGUUAAGUACCUCACACUAUAGCUGUGGCUUAACGAUUAUUUGUAUAUGUAUAUUAUAGGGUCUUCAAGUGGGAGAUGAAAUUGUCAGGUUUGGUUCUAUAAAUUCUGGAAAUUUUCAAAAUAUGCAAGCCGUUGCAAGCGUUGUCCAACAUUCUAAAGGGGUAAGAUUCCGCUUACUUAACUAAUAAAUAGAAUAAAAACUAUGCACUCUAUUCUUAACGGGCUCGCUGCAUGUGUUCGGCCGACACCUCACUAUAUCGUUGUAUUAAUUCAAAAACCAUAUUCCACUUGAGUGUGCAUGUAUAAGCCCACAUGCUCAAUUUUGUGGGUGCGUCGGGCAUUUCCGAUCCACAGAGAGCGUAGAUUGAUAGGAAUACAACUACUUGAAAAAUACAAGGAGAACGUCGACGUUUCGAGGGGGUUGUUAGUAGCAGGGAUCGGGAAAAUUACAUGAUCUUUUAUACUAGUGAAUAUAAAAGCGAUCACGUGACAAAAAUAAACCAAUUACUUUUCAGGUAGUUGUAUCCCUAUCAAUCCGCAGCUUUCUUAUUAUGGGCACUACCUACACUGACCGUUCAAGAUUCCCAAUCCAUCUACUGCCGCAGCUCCAAUUAGUCUUAUCACAAUUUUUUGUCGUAGCAAUCAAUCACUGUUAUCAUAAGAAGAGGCGAUAAUACUCAGCGUCUGAAUUUGAUUCCUAAUGAGUGGCCUGGUAGAGGAUUACUGGGGUAAGUACAUGCAUGCAUGCUUUUUUAGGCCAACACUUCAACUACGUAUAGUACAAUAUAAUUAUACGAAGAAUUCUAGCUGUAACUUAAAAUGGACUCAUACUCUUUUAACAGGUGAGGGAAAAUAAUUUUAAUCCAAUAAUCCAUUUAUAUCCAUGUAAUAUUUAAACAAUAAGACAUUUAAUCCAUUUAAUCCAUGCAAUAUUUAAACAACUAGACAUGGUACUACAGUGCGGUGCCCUGGAGCAUGCACAAAACAUGUGCAUCACAAGUGCGAAGACGUACUAUGUACAUGAAUAAAUACCAAAGCUUAGAACAAAUCAACAAGCUAUCAAACUAACAAACUCACGCAGCGAAUAUAAAGCGAUGCCUAACUUCGUUUCGGCACCGCAAUUAGUUAAAAAUUUAUUUAAGAUAAAAAUACGAGUUAUAUAUAUUAAUGACAUGUACAAGGAAAACUUAUAUAAUCUUUAUUUAUUGUUUUCUUUAUUAAUGACUCAUCGAAGAUUUACAAAGAAAACUGAAUAACGCUAUAUUUGCAAUAGUAAAAAUAGUUAUAGAUACACAAUAUGACGUCAUAAUGUGGGAAGAACAAAAAAGUGACCCACUCGCCUCGGUGGCUCGUGAGGGACAUUCUGUUCUUCCCACAUUAUGACGUCAUACUGUGUAUCAGUACAGUAUCUAUAGACCCAUUGCACACGACGUCACAGCGCCUGUGAUGAUGCAUCUGGAGGACAAAUUAGCAAUCUAUGCAUAAUACAACUUUUGUAAACAAAGCAAAUUUUGUAAAACUUUAUAAUAAUUUUGUAUUAGAAUGGUUAAUUUUUCGCUGUAUGUGGUUUUUGUACCCGAACAGAUAUUGUUAGGGAGCAUCUGGAGGACACUCUAAGGAUUUGUGACGUCAGUGCAAUUGGUCUAUAACUGAACAGACAACGGCAAAAUCUUAUCUACUCGUUAAAUAUAUUCGGUAUACAUCUGCCUUAAUAAAUAAAGAGCUAAUUGGGGAAAAGCUUUAUUUACCAGGCUUCAGCUGACUGCAGGAAUGCCUUACCAGAGAGUGCUAGGGACUAUAAAUUGGUUUAACAAUACGAUACCAAUCGAAGACUAAUCGUUUUAAAUUAAACAAUUUUUAACGAAGUUUCUAAUUAGCCUAUUUUAUAUAUUCUUGUUACUUGUAUUUUAUUGUUCUAUAAUCCUUUUAUGAACAGAAAACGGCAAAAUCGUUAUAUAAUAAAAAGAAAAACCCCGUAUUAAUCAGGUAAAUAGCUUACCUUUUAUCCACCCAAACAUUUCGAAAUUUGAAAAAGUCGAAAUUUUACAAAUAUCACGCGUACAUGAUCAUCUAUACAAAUAGGGGAAUGCUAUUGGCUACCUUAAGUCACUUGCUGUGUUGUGAUUGGCUGCACAGAACAAAGAGUUUUGUGUGACGUAAUUCCGUGCGUCUGUCCUCUGCGUCAAUAGAUCAUGGCUCUCGACCAAUGAAAGCGCUUGAAUUCUUAACGUUAUUAUAUAAAUACUAUUAAUGAUGAAACUAAAACAUAAUCCCUGGCUAUUUUUCCCUAUCUUUAUCUCUAGAUGCAACAUCGUCCCACUAUAAAUAAUAGCAGAUGAAGGUGAUCUGGAUGUUAAGGAUAUGUUUUUACAUGAUAUUGUAAAAAUAUACAGGUGUAUUGAUCAGGAACGAGUCUCCUGCGCAUACCUUGCUUAACGGUUCCAUCAGCGCUACUAUAAGGUAUGCUUACUUUGGCCAUGAAUUUGCCUCCCCAUUAAUUUGCAGUAACAGCCCGUAUCCUCAAAAAGUGUGGGCUUGACAUUUGACCUUGAGCUGGCAAUAGUGACAAGUGAAUCUGCAUGCUCAUACGGCAGCACUUCACCUUGUGAUAGUAACUCCUAGUAUGUACUGUAGACGUCACAUGGGAAAUGAAAUUCUGCCCGUUGCUUUCAUUGCGCAUGUGACGUCAUACUUACUAAAUGCCAGCCCAAAAUUGACCAAACCAGGCUGCCUGUAUAUACUGUAUUGGCGUGUUUUCGACCAAAUCGAAAACAAGUCCUACUUUGGUCGAAGCGUUUAAGGGGGCUCCCUGCAGUUACCCACGUGAGAAGUGCGUGGCCUAAAUGAGUUGUAACAUGCGCGUGGAAUACUCGUGUUAUAAACAUUGCGUAAUAAAAGCACAUUAAAAUAUUAUUAAAAUAUCAUUAAAAAACAAAAAUUGAUUGCUUGUCUUAAAGUGUUAAAAAUUGAAUUCUACUUACACGAAAACAAUUAUAUAUAUUAAAACUAGUCGUUUACGAAAGUAUGUUCCUCACAAAUCUCGCGUCAAAGUUUGGGGCUUCAGGCGAUCUUUUUAGGACAUUAUACUCAUUAGCUUACCGACUUUCAAGUAGAAGAAACUUUCCAAUGAACGAUGAAAAAUUCAGAAAAAAGAAUACAAACAUCAACAAGAAGACAUGGAAAGUUUACCAAAAAGGGUACAGGCGUAAAUUCAUCUUGUCAAGUAAAAAGAAGGAAGGAAGGGAGAAGCGAAAAUCAAACAGUUUUUCAUGGAUUGAAACAGAAGGAACAAAACGGCAAUUUGUAUGUAACAUUUUUAUUACAUUUUGUCAUAUGUACUGCAAAAAUAUAAAUAUUAAAUAAUGAAAUGAAUAAAGAAACAAUAAAAUUGUAUAUUAAAGAGAGAAUUCUUGAACUAUUUAUUGCAGUUAGGUGGCAAAAAUACACAAAAACCAUCGGGUUCAAGAGUCAUUGCACGGCAUGGAUGUCAUAACAAAUGAACUGAAAUAUGUAAUUUGUGCGGAAAAGGUAUUGAAUCGUCGUCUAUAGAACGAGUUUUAAUUAAAAAAAACUAUUUACAUAAAUCUCAAUAUCAAAUGCCAGAUCAUGCAGUUGCCUGGCCUCACUUUCCCUGAAAAAGGUAUAUGUUUUGACCUAUUAUUAUUAAUAAUUAUUGAACGAAAGCUAUCUUUCUAGGCUCUUUAUCCGUGACAAAUAUAAAGGGGGAAGAAAAUAUGGUUCUACAUAUUUAUUGUGAUAAAUGCACUGCAAAAAAAUUAUGUGUAACUUUACACAAGAUUUUGC